UGAAGAUGCUUUAAAUUGUAGUAUGCUGAGAGGAAAAAAAUAAGUAAAAACCCGAAAUGUAGUUUACACAGCUCAUGUUAGUAAUUGAGGACCUUACGACAGCCAACGAUUUUGCUUGUGAUUAUUCUCAACGGUACGAAUCAUUAUCCAAAUUGGCGGCCGGGAAAUCUUUUUGCUUUGCUAGUUCCGCUACUGUCCACCGCACGUGAUGGCGCUCGCCGAACAAACGUCACCGUUCAAACUGCCAUAAACGUCAACUAACGUCAAAUUCCGAUUGGCGGCCAUCCCGCAUCACAAUAACGAAAAUUUACCCGACUCGAUCGGCGCGCGCUUGUUUUCGUGCCGGGCUGAGCAUCAGUUUUGAAGCGCUUUUCUCUGUGUGUGUCUUUUCUGGCCUAGCAAUGUCCCGCCGGAAACCAGGGCCGGCUGAUGCAGGCGGUGCCAAGCGCCCGAAGCGUGCCAACAAUCUGUACACCCGGCCGGAGAAGAUCCCGCUCGGGACGGUCUUAACCGAUGCGCUUAACGUACCGUGGAAGGUGGGACCAUCGAUCGGUGCUGGCGGGUUUGGGGAGAUUUACUGCGCGUACUGCUUCACCCAUGCUGCCCCGAAAACGGUCGCCGAUUAUCCCAACGUUGUGAAGAUCGAACCGCAUGAGAAUGGGCCACUGUUUGUCGAGACUCACUUCUACCGUAAAAUAUGCAAGGUGGACGACAUCGAACGGUACCGGAAGCUGCGCAAGCUGAAACACCUGGGCAUGCCGCAGUACCUUGCCAGUGGAUCGCACACGCUGAACGGUGUCAAGCAUCGGUUUCUGGUGAUUCCCCGGUUCGGUGCCAGCUUGCAGUCGGUUUACGUACAGAACGGCAACUGUCUGCCGCUGGCAACUGUAUGCCGCGCUGCGAUGCAGAUGCUGGACGUGCUGGAGUACAUCCACUCGAACCAGUACGUGCACGCGGAUCUGAAGGGCGAUAACAUUCUGUUCGGGAUGGGUGAUCGUGGCCGAGAGCGGCUGUAUCUGGUCGAUUUCGGCAUGGCGAGCCGGUUCGUGGUGGAGGAUCAGUUCAAGCCGGACCCGCGCAAGAAGCACAACGGUACGAUCGAGUACACGUCGCGCGACGCUCACCAGGGCGUGAUGACGAUGCGGGGUGAUCUGGAGAUAUUGGCCUACAAUAUGAUCGAGUGGGCCGGGGGCAGUUUGCCCUGGAAGGAGGACAAGCUGCUGAAGGAUUGCAACAAGGUGCAGCAGAUGAAGGAGGAAGGUAUGGGCGAUGUGGCCGGUUUGCUGAAGCGCAGCUUCCGGAAGCAUGUGGCUGUGCCAAAGGUGUUGCAGCCGUUUCUGGAAUUUGUCCACGGGAUGCGCUACAACGAAACGCCCAAGUACACCGCUUGUACUAAAAUAUUCGAAAAGGCGCUCAAAACGCUGGGAGCAUCGAAUACGGGCGUGCUCGAGGUAAGCAUUGCUAACAGCACGAACGUGAACGAUUCCUCGGGCCCGAUGAACAAAACGAAGGGAAAGAAACGCCGGACACUGGACACCUCGGUAUCGAACGGGCUGGCCGACACGGUACCGAACACGCCGGAAGACGACGACGAGCACAGCGACAGAGCGCGCACCCCGAAACGAAAUCAAAGGUCAGCCGUGCAAAGUCCUUCGCUGGUAAAGCAAUCGAAAGGGCGCACCACGAACCGAUCGCACACGGUGGUAGCGGACACGGUGCCCAACACGCCGGAGGACGAUGAUGAAGAUUCGCCCGUGCUCUCGCAAAGAGCUAAGCGCAGAAUGGACCGUGCCGAUGCGUCUGCCAUUGCUGCUGCGGCUGCAUCACCCAGGGUGAAAAAACCUCUCCUGCCUAACCCACAGAAAAUGGCUUUGCCUGACACGGAGCCAAACACUCGGUACGAUGAGGAGGAGGACGAGCAGGACGAAGAGGAAGCAGCAGCACAGCUUUCCCGUGCCCUAUCGAAAGUGAGACGAAACCCGAAGAAGGAACCAAUGGAACCACCGCGUGGAGGGAAGGCGCACGGUGCAAAGGUAGCUGUCGAAGAAAAUCGAUCCACCCGGCGCAAGGAGAAAACGGUCACGGUGGUACAGAGUGCGUCAGCGCAGGGUAUAAACAUACGCAUCGAAACGCCGAGAAAGAAGCGCACGCGAAAUGCAGAUACUUCCCAGUCGCCCCAGGAAAUCACCAUCCAGCUGACGCUGAACGCAAACGUGUCGGUCAAUGCGCGGGGCAAGAAGAAUGGCACCGUUGUGAUUAGUGCGGCCCAGCAGAACAUGUCGAUGGAGUCGAGCAGGAAUGACGAAUCGCUGGAAGCAUCGCAGGAUGUUAUCGAUAUCUCGUCGGCCACCGAGGACCACAACGUAUCGCGAAGUUUGUUUGAUGAUUAUUGAUGAAACCUUUAGACGGGUGUUAAAACGUGUUUCGUUUGAUUUAGUGGUUUUGCGUAUGUGUUUGCAGUAAUUGUUAAAUUAAUGCUCAUUGGCAAAGAUAGG